AUGGCCACAAGUCCAAUCAUUUCACAAUCUUUCAAAAGAUUACAAAGUGGUACAAGGGAUGAUGGUGACACUGAUACGAUCGUUUAUUUUAUACAUUAUCGUGAAUGUAAAAAAUUAAAAGAGAAUGUUGACUUGGACAAUAGUAUACAAUUACAUUAUCAAUCUUUAUCAACAUUAAUCGAUCAUUGUAAUAAUAAUAAUCAAAAUAAUAAUAAUAAUAAUAAUAAUUUUAAAAUAGAUAAAACUGUAAUACAUAAUGAGAUCAAAUCACUCUUUUCAUCACAACAACAACAAUUGACAACACCAUUAUAUUAUAUAUUUUGGAUUAUUGAACUCUGUUAUCAAUAUGAAAAAGUAUCAUCCCCUAAUCAAAUACCAAAAUCAAAAUAUUUUAAUUAUUUAUUAUUCCAAAAAAUUAAUCAAGAUAUUAAUAUUAAUCAAAAUAAUAAUAAUAGUGAAGAAUUAAUUAAAUAUUUAUUAAAAAGAUGUGGUUUGGAAAUUAUAUGUAAAUAUGGUAAUUUAAAAUUGGUACAACAAACAUAUAAUCAUAUUCUUGGUUUGGCUGAACAAUUACAAAAAAAACAAGUGGCGGGUUACCAAAUUAUUGGUUUGGAAUCCAAAGAUCUAGAUGUUUUUAGAUUUUUGGUUGAUAGAUUAUCAACUCUUCCUUAUGCACCAAGAAUAACAUUUAGCGAUGUGAGAGUUGCAUCAUUGGUUCCAAAAAUGAUUAAAAAGGAAAUGUGGAGUCAUUUAGAGUAUUUGGCCGAUCAUUUCAACAUACCAUUACAAUUACAUUUGGCAGUCAUUCAGAAAUUAAUGUGGGAGGGACAGUCAACGUUGGCACAUAAAUUCCUUGCCAAAACAAACUUUUUAUUUUGGUCACUUGACGUGAAACCAAUACCAGUAAACUCUGCCGAUAUGGCUAGGGUAUUGGAAGAUCGGUUUCAUCUACCAAUCCUCCCAGGUGAAUUUGUACAAGAUGAUCAACAAGCCAAGGAAAUGAUCGAUUAUUUCCUAUUGAAUGACCAACAUCAUCCAGAAACGAUCCAAUCAUUUUUUAAAAUGAUGGGUCGUAUUGCUGUACAAUCUGGUCGAUGGAAUAGUCAAUUAGAAAAAAUGCAUCCACUACCCAGUGUAUUUGAUGGAGACCAAUUAAUACAAUCGAUGGAUGUUGAAAUGAUGAAGCUGGCCAUGUCACUAGGCAUUCAACUUGAAAUACAAACCAAAGAAGCUUGUUUCCUAAUUGAGAUAGAUAGAUUAGAAGAAAAUAAUAUAGCUAUGAAUGGAAUAAUAAAAUCAUAUAUCGAUGCAUCUAGAUUAUAUGCAUUUCCACCAAUUAUAUUAUAUAUUAUAACAUCAAUAUCUAUAGCAAUUGGUAGUGGAAAUGUAUACUUGCCAAAAGAUCCGAUGGGACAACAUUAUAUUCUAAUGUUUUGUCUGUUGUUUAUGGUAUCCUUUUUUGGUCAUUCACUAUACUAUUCGAUCAACACCUAUGUUGACUUUAUCUCUGGAGUGGACGACCCCAAGACAGCAUGUGACAGAACACUAUUUGACAAAAUGUCACUUGGCAGACACAAAAAAUGCAUUCUCUUUUCUUUUGUCUCGAUGCUCGCAAGUACCUACAUACUCACUAUGUUUUGUCAUGGUGAAACGGAAUGGCUUAAACAAGUGUUUAAAAGUUAUUGCUUGGGUCUAUCAAUAAUAGCCAUCACUUACACACCCCUUAAAUAUAUUGCACUGGGACCAUUAAAUUUUGUAUUCUACAUAUUCAUGACAAUGUCAGUUUACUAUUGUCUCUUUACCAACCACCUACCAGACAAGUGGUUCAUAGUAUACAGUCCUUUGGUGGCACUAUUCAUCACAACUUGUCUCAUUUCAGGAUACCAUAGAGAUAUCGACGACGAUGCCAAAGCCGGUAUCAUAACACUAAACAUUCUACUUGGGAAAAAGAAUUCUAUUAGAUUUAUAUUUUUUUUAUUAUUUUGUUAUCAUGCAUUGAUUGUUUUCUUGUCACUACAUUAUCGGAACUAUCCCAUGUUGGUAUCUGCGAUGGUGUCAAUACCAAAAGUUGUCAAUGUCUACAAAGACGUCGUGUUAAAGGGUGACACCAAGAUGAUUCAUCUCAAGACCCUCUAUGCUCUAACUCCGAGUUAUCUAUUAUACUGUGCUUCCAUUAUUUGUAUCCGAUACAAAUAA